CAGUUAGUGCACCUUUCCUUCUCUCUGGACAGGGAUUGCUCAAGAACCAUGAGGUCAGUCAGCAUGCAGCUAGAAUGGGUGAUACCAUGGCUCAGCCUUUGCCUUGGCCUAUCAGCAGCCAUCACUGAAGUGAGUCCAUCUCACAACAACCAGUUCUGCAGCACAUGGGGAAACUACCACUUUAAGACAUUUGAUGGGGACUUCUUCAGGCUCCCAUCCACUUGCAGCUACAUCUUUGCAUCCCAGUGUAAGGCAGACUACAGUAGUUUCAACAUUGAGCUCCAGCGACAGGAGUCAAAUGAGGUUACCACCAUUAAGAAAGUCACAAUGAAACUUGAUGGUGGACUUGUCGAAUUAGCUAAUCGAUCAAUCAAAAUCAACAAUGAACUUGUUAAAAUACCCUUCAGCCAGGGUGGCAUUUCAGUAGAAAGCAUUGCAUCUUAUGUUAAAGUUCAGGCAAAGCUGGGAUUGGUCUUAAUGUGGAAUCAAGAAGACUCCCUCUGGGUUGAACUGGAUGUAAAAUUCAGGAAUCAAACUUGUGGUCUGUGUGGUGACUUCAAUGAACUGAAUAAUGACUUCACAAAUUCAGAAACAGGGACAUUUUACAGUAUUGAUGAAUAUGGGUACAAAUGGAAAAUCACUGGUCUGUCUGACAAUUGUGAGACCACGUCCUCUCAAGCCAAAGAGUCAUGUGAAGUUCCGGAAGACCUCUGCCAGAAACUGCAGACUGAAGGUGCAUUUGACAGUUGUCAAGGCCUGAUCGACACAGAGUCCUUCAUUAAUGCCUGUAAGGAAGAUCUGUGCUCCUGUGACAGCAAUGAUACGUCUUGCAUGUGUGCGACCAUGUCAGAGUACUCCCGUCAGUGUGCUCAUGCGGGUGGGGCACCAGGGCAGUGGAAGACCCCAGAACUCUGUGGAAAAUCAUGCCCCUUCAACCUGGAGUAUAAGGAAUGUGGUAAUCCCUGCGUGGACACUUGCAAAAACCGGGGCACAAACCAAGUGUGUAGUGAACACUGUGUUGAUGGAUGUUUCUGUCCAUUUGGGACUGUCUUGGAUGAUGUCACACAUACUGGGUGCGUCACUGUUGACAACUGCAGCUGCUUGCAUAAUGGAGAAAUAUACCAACCAGAGCAAUCCUACUCCGGGCCAUGCAAGAACUGCACCUGCAUAAAUGGUGAGUGGAUCUGUAAUUUUAAAGACUGUCCUGGUGUUUGUUCCAUCCUGGGUGGCUCUCACAUCACCACCUAUGACGAUAAAACGUACAUGUUCCACGGAGAAUGUUCUUAUGUUCUGACGAAGGAAAUCAAUGGGACUUUCAGUCUUCAAGGCGACUUGGCUAAAUGUGAAAAAUCUGAUAUAUCAACUUGCCUGGCAUCAGUCACUCUACUACUGUCAAAUCAUGUGAUGGUUAAAGUUGAAGCCAGUGGGCAGGUCUUUUACAACACACUGCUCUCUCAGCUUCCUCUCAUUCUGGAUGAUAUCAAAAUUUUCCACCCAUCGACAUUCUUUCUUGUAAUCCACACCACCUACGGGCUUGAUGUUGAGAUUCAGCUCACACCUGUUAUGCAGGUCUACAUCAAAGCCAGUGUAUCUAAUAAAGGAAAACUCAUCGGUCUUUGUGGAGAUUUUGAUAAUGAUGGAUCACAGGACUUCAAAACAACCAAUGGUAUAAUUGAAAAAACGGCUUGGACAUUUGCCAACACAUGGAAAACCAAAUCAAAUUGCCCUGAUGUGACAAAUAUAGUCAGAGAACCCUGCAGUUUGAGUACAGAAAAGGAGCAAUAUGCCAAACACUGGUGCUCACAGCUGUCAGACCCAAAAGGUGUUUUUUCACUGUGCCAUCCUGUGGUUCACCCAGAAGAGUAUAAACUUAAUUGUAUUUAUGACACGUGUGCCUGUGAAAAAAGCGAGGAUUGCUUGUGUGCUGCUUUAUCUGCCUAUGUUCAUGCAUGUGCUAUUGAAGGCGUAUCAUUGACUGGAUGGAGGAACAACACAUGCCAGAAAUACACAAAUGACUGUCCACCUACUUUUGUGUAUGACUACAAAAUGACAAGCUGCGGUCGCACCUGUCGCUCUCUUAGUCAGUCAGGUUUAACAUGUGGGGUUGAUUUCACUGAGCUUGAUGGCUGUGGCUGUGCUGAAGGAACUUACCUAAAUGAGAAAAAUGAAUGUGUGUCACCCUUACAAUGUUCCUGUUAUGCUGGGGACACAGUGGUGUAUCCCGAGCAGGUUACUACACUCAGUAAUGGAGAGAUUUGCUCCUGCCAUGGUGGACAAUUAAGCUGUUCAGGAAAGCAAAUGAUUGAAACAUGCACAAGCCCAAUGGUUUUCCUCAACUGCUCAAAUGCAAAGCCGGGAGAAAAGGGAUCUGAGUGCCAAAAAAGCUGCCAGACACUAAACAAACAAUGUAUCAGCACACAGUGUAUCUCAGGAUGUGUAUGUCCUGAUGGCCUGCUGUCAGAUAAUAAUGGAGGCUGUGUAAAGCAGGAAGACUGCCCCUGCCCAUAUAAUGGAGAAUACUAUAAACAUGGACAAUCUGUUAAAGUGGACUGCAAUACAUGCACAUGCAAUAGCAGCAACUGGGAAUGUACAGAUCAUGACUGUGGUGGAACUUGUACCAUAUAUGGAGCAGGGAAUUAUAUCACUUUUGAUGAAUCGAGAUUUGCCUUUAGUGGGGGCUGUAGCUACAUCUUCACCCAGGAUUACUGUGGAGGUGAGAAUGGCACAUUCAUGGUACUGACUGAGAGCAUCCCCUGCGAAAAUGCUGAAAGUGUCUGCUCUUUUGACAUCACGCUCUAUUUAGGGAACACUGAAAUUCGUCUCAAAGAUGAAAAUAUCAGAGUAAUCAAGCAAACCAAUGGGGAAGAAAUACCCUAUCAAGUCCACACAAUGGGAUUGUAUCUCGUCAUUGAAGCGAAGAAUGGCCUUAUUGUCAUUUGGAAUAAGAAGACAACCCUCAUGAUCAAACUCAGAUCUACAUUCAAGGGCAAAGUCUGCGGUCUAUGUGGAAAUUUUGAUGGAAAUAUCAAAAAUGAUUUUACUACCAGAAAUAAAGAAGUUGUGGUUGAUCCCCUUAUUUUUGGAAACAGCUGGCAAGUGUCAUCUAGCUGCUCAAGUGCACAAACUCCGAAAGAUGCAUGUACACUUUACUCAUACAGGCAGGCAUGGGCAAUAAAGCACUGCAGCAUUAUCAAGGGUACAGUAUUUGAUACCUGCCAUUCAAAGGUGGAUCCCCAACAAUAUUUUGAUGCCUGUGUGAGAGACACGUGUGCCUGUAAUUCGGGAGGAGAUUGUGAGUGUUUCUGUUCAGCUGUAGCAGCUUAUGCAGCAGCCUGUAAUGAGGCAGGAGUGUGCGUGAAAUGGAGAACUCCCAACAUCUGCCCUGUAUUCUGUGAUUAUUACAAUCCUGAUGGAGAGUGUGAAUGGCACUAUAAGCCUUGUGGAAGCUCAUGCAUGAAGACAUGCAAAAAUCCUUCUGGAAUAUGCUACAAUCAACUUCCAGCAUUAGAAGGUAUGCAUUUUAAGAAAGUGAUAGUGCAUGCAUUUGUAGGUUUAAGGAAAUAUUACUGGAUUUAUGGAGCCUUGCUCGUCUACACCAUCAACUCCAACCACAUCACCCUUUACUUUCACUACCACUGUAACAACAACAGAGAAGCCUAUCACAGCAACAUCUCAAAACACUACUAUUUCAACAGAGUUUGUUACAACAAUUUUGACAUUCUCAACACCAAGACCUCCAACAACGUCUAUAACAAAAACAUUGUCAACACUGACAACAUCUCCACCCACAACAACAACCAUAAUAACAGAGAAACCCACCACAACACAAACAGGAAUACCAAGAACAACACCAACAACAGAAAUUUCACCCCCGACAACAACCACUGGAUCAACUGCCACUACAACCACAGGAUCACCUCCCACAACACACACCACAGUUUCACCUCCCACAACAACCACUGGAUCAACUUCCACAAUAACAACCACAAAACAACCUCCCACUACAACAACGACAGUUACACCUCCCACUACAACAACCACAAUUUCACCCCCGACAACAACCACUGGAUCAACUGCCACUACAACCACAGGAUCACCUCCCACAACACACACCACAGUUUCACCUCCCACAACAACCACUGGAUCAACUUCCACAAUAACAACCACAAAACAACCUCCCACUACAACAACCACAGUUCCACCUCCAACAACAACAACCACAGCAUCAACUCCCACAACAACCACUGGAUCAACUUCCACAAUAACAACCACAAAACAACAUCCCACUACAACAACCACAGUUACACUCCAACAACAACAACCACACAUCAAUCCCACAACAACCACUGGAUCAACUUCCACAAUAACAACCACAAAACAACAUCCCACUACAACAACCACAGUUACACCUCCAACAACAACAACCACAGCAUCAACUCCCACAACAACCACUGGAUCAACUUCCACAAUAACAACCACAAAACAACCUCCCACUACAACAACCACAGUUACACCUCCCACUACAACAACCACAGUUUCACCCCCGACAACAACCACUGGAUCAACUGCCACUACAACCACAGGAUCACCUCCCACAACACACACCACAGUUUCACCUCCCACAACAACCACUGGAUCAACUUCCACAAUAACAACCACAAAACAGCCUCCCACUACAACAACCACUGGAUCAACUGCCACUACAACCACAAAACAACCUCCCACUACAACAACCACAGUUUCACCUCCAACAACAACAACCACAGCAUCAACUCCCACAACAACCACUGGAUCAACUUCCACAAUAACAACCACAAAACAACCUCCCACUACAACAACCACAGUUACACCUCCCACUACAACAACCACAAUUUCACCCCCGACAACAACCACUGGAUCAACUGCCACUACAACCACAGGAUCACCUCCCACAACACACACCACAGUUUCACCUCCCACAACAACCACUGGAUCAACUUCCACAAUAACAACCACAAAACAACCUCCCACUACAACAACCACUGGUUCAACUUUUCACUCCCGACAACAACCACUGGAUUUACUUCCACAAUAAGAACCACAAAACAACCUCCCACUACAACAACCACAGUUACACCGCCAACAACAACAACCACAGCAUCACCUCCCACAACAACCACUGGAUCAACUUCCACAAUAACAACCACAAAACAACCUCCCACUACAACAACCACAGUUACACCUCCCACCACAACAACCACAAUUUCACCCCCGACAACAACCACUGGAUCAACUGCCACUACAACCACAGGAUCACCUCCCACAACACACACCACAGUUUCACCUCCCACAACAACCACUGGAUCAACUUCCACAAUAACAACCACAAAACAACCUCCCACUACAACAACCACUGGAUCAACUGCCACUACAACCACAAAACAACCUGCCACUACAACAACCACAGUUUCACUCCCGACAACAACCACUGGAUCAACUUCCACAAUAACAACCACAAAACAACAUCCCACUACAACAACCACAGUUACACCUCCAACAACAACAACCACAGCAUCAACUCCCACAACAACCACUGGAUCAACUUCCACAAUAACAACCACAAAACAACCUCCCACUACAACAACCACAAUUACACCUCCCACUACAACAACCACAAUUUCACCCCCGACAACAACCACUGGAUCAACUGCCACUACAACCACAAAACAACCUCCCACUACAACAACCACAGUUUCACUCCCGACAACAACCACUGGAUCGACUUCCACAACAAGAACCACAAAACAACCUCCCACUACAACAACCACAGUUACACCGCCAACAACAACAACCACAGCAUCACCUCCCACAACAACCACUGGAUCAACUUCCACAUUAACAACCACAAAACAACCUCCCACUACAACAACCACAAUUACACCUCCCACUACAACAACCACAAUUUCACCCCCGACAACAACUACCGGAUCAACUGCCACUACAACCACAAAACAACCUCCCACUACAACAACCACAGUUACGCCUCCCACUACAACAACCACAGUUUCACUCCCGACAACAACCACUGGAUCGACUUCCACAAUAACAACGACAAAACAACCUCCCACUACAACAACCACAAUUACACCUCCCACUACAACAACCACAGUUUCACCCCCGACAACAACCACUGGAUCAACUCCCACAAUAACCACAGGAUCACCUCCCACUACAACAACCACUGGAUCAACUCCCACAAUAACCACAGGAUCACCUCCCACUACAACAACCACUGGAUCAACUCCCACAAUAACAACCACUGAGCAACCUCCGACUACAACAACCACAGUUUCACCCCCUACAACAAUAACCACAGGACCGUCUCCCACAAUAACCACAGUUUCACCUUCCACAAAAACCACAGUUACACCUCCCACGGCAACAACCACAGGGUCACCUCCCACAACAACCACCACAGUUUCACUUCCCACAGCAACCACCACAGGACCGUCUCCCACAACAACCACAGUUUCACCUCCCACAACAACCACAGGAUCACCUUCCCCAUGUUUCUGCAAAUACCAGGAGCUCACAUUUCCUCCCAGUAGUGUCAUAUACAAUAAGACUGAUGGAGCAGGCUGGUGUUACACUGCAUAUUGCAAUUCAACUUGUGGUACUGAAAAGCAUCAAAGUCGAUGUAACUCUACUACACCGCCAACUACUCCUACUUACACACCAAGCUCUGGCACUCCAACAACGCACAUUACAAGUAGCUCAACAAUAUCCAGUACCAUCACUCAAGCUCCUCCAAAAGACUGCUUCUUUCUCAAUCCCUCUAGAAAGAAUGGUGAGUCCUGGAAUCCAACCAAAUGCAUCACAGAAACAUGUGAAAACGGCAAAGUAAUCACAACAUAUGUUCAAUGUGAAGAAGCAACUGUACCUGUUUGUCACAAUGAUCAGCCACCAGAAAGAGUUUAUGAUAAAACAGGCUGUUGUUUCCACUAUCAAUGCAAAUGUGUUUGCAGUGGCUGGGGAGAUCCUCAUUAUGUGACAUUUGAUGGACAAAAUUAUAGCUUCCAGAAAAAUUGCACAUAUGUCCUAGUUAAAGAGAUCACACCUCGAUACAAUUUUAAAGUUCUUAUUGACAAUAUAAACUGUGAUGCCUCUGGAACUGUGACGUGUCCUAAAUCCCUUAUUGUGUCUUACAAAAACACUGAUGUUAUUCUUACACAAGAGGGAGGAGUGAACAAGGUGUUCAUCAACAGGACACUAAAAGGACCAAACUUCCAAAAUGAAGACAUGAUGAUCACAAGUAAAGGAAUUGCACUGCGCUUAACAAUCCCUACAAUCAAUGCAGUUGUGACGUUCAAAGGGAUUUCAUUCAGUGUAGAAUUGCCAAUGAAUCUUUUCUAUGAAAACACAGAAGGACAGUGUGGUAUCUGUGACAAUAACAGAACAAAUGACUGCAGAUUGAAAAAUGGCACGAUUCAUCCAUCAUGCUCUGAGAUGGCAAAUGAUUGGCGUGUAUCUGUCAAAGAAAAGCCAUACUGUGAUCAUGCCCUCCCCAUCCCCACAAAACCACCAACUCCUACACCGACAGAGUGCAACUAUACAAUUUGUGAAAUUCUGAAGAGCGAGGUGUUCAAGGAGUGCAACAAAGUAAUCAAACCAGAACCAUAUUAUCAAGCCUGUAAAUUUGAUGUUUGCCACACAAAUAGAACUAUGGGUUGUGCCAGUUUGGAAGUAUACGCCUUGCUGUGUACUGAAGCAUCUAUCUGUGUACCCUGGAGGAAUGCUACUAAAGGACAGUGUGACUAUAAGUGUCCAGGUAAAAAAGUCUACAACCCUUGUGGGCCAACUGCUGUUCAAACCUGCAAUGCAAAAUACAAUCAAAAGUUCUCACAGCAAUGUCAGGGAGAAAAAGCUGCACAGGACAAAGAUUGCACUACUUUUAUAGAGGGCUGCUUCUGCCCAGAGGGAAUGACUUCAUUCAGUCCAACCUCUGAUGUCUGCGUCUCCUCCUGUUGCGCUGGACCUGAUGGCAACCCUAAACAGCUUGGUGAAACCUGGAAGAUUGGCUGUCAGGAAUGUGUUUGCGACAAGGACUCUUUUAGUGUGGUUUGUAAGAAUGUAACAUGCCCUUCUCAAAAACCAGUGAAGUGCACCGAAGAAGGUGAGGUGCUGGUGAACAAAAUAGUGGACUGCUGUGUGACACCGACGUGUGAAUGUGAUACGAACACAUGUCCACUGCAACCACAUUGUGACGUGGGAUUUGACUUGAAGGUUAACACCCCAAAGGAUAAAUGCUGCCCUGUUUACAGCUGUGUGCCCAAAGAUGUUUGUGUCUUCAAUAAUACCGAGUACAAGCCUGGUACUGAUUUCUUCAAAAGCCUAUGUGAACAAUGUUACUGCACUGAAACCAAGAAUUCCAAAAUGGAGCCGAACAGCUACAAGUGUAAUAAAAUACAGUGUUCAAAAAAUUGUGACAAGGGCUAUAAGUAUGUAGAUGUGCCUGGAUCAUGUUGUGGAAACUGUACACAGAUAAGCUGCGUUGUGAAUGUCCCAGGCUUUUCUUCUCCAGUAAUUAUUGAGCCUUCUCAGACUUGGUCACCACCAAAUGAUAACUGUACCAAGUAUGACUGCAAGAAAGAAAAAGAUAUAUUUUUAGUUUCUCUAAACAACACAGCAUGUCCUCCAUUUGAUCCCAACAACUGUGUUCCAGGAACUGAGCAAACAGAUGCAAAUGGUUGCUGCAGAACUUGUACGCCUCGUCACAGCUGUAAAAUCCACACCAACACCACCUAUCUGUACAUAAAUGACUGCAAAUCAGUGGAGAAAGUGGAACUCAGAUCAUGUGAGGGAUCCUGUGGAGCAUCCUUCUCAAUGUACUCAGCAAAGGCCAAAAACAUGAUGCACUCAUGCACCUGCUGUCAAGAAAUGAAGACCAGCGAGAAGGAAGUGCAGAUAAAGUGCUCCGAUAACACCACAAAAAUGUACACAUACAUUUCUGUUGACCAGUGUGGCUGCAAAGCUGCUGAAUGCAAAGAGCAACCCUAAUGUUGACGUAAACGUUGUGAACAUAAAAAUGGAAAACUGAGCUAGAAAACCUGACCAAUAUAUAUUUCAAGUAUUUCUUCCUAAAACCUAUCUGAAUAAUAAAAACUUAAAAUUAGAAGACUAAAAACAAAACUUGAUGCUAAACCUCUUAAACAGCACAGAUGUUUUAGUCUGAAACUUGCAUCUUCUUAAGUUGUCUCUUUCUAACUUACAGUCCCUCUCCAAACAUUUGCAUGUACUCUUUUGGAGUUGAGACAAAAUAAUAUAUCUCUGUGGUGGGUGUGUCCUUUCAUCUCUCCAGAAGUCAUUCCUUUACAAACUUUAUGAUGUGCCAUUUAAGCUUCCACAUAAAUUAAGAACUUCAGAUUUAACUGAAAUCGGAGCAAUUCAGUCAUGUUCCUUUAAUAUGGGAAAAGAGUUCCAUAUAAGAAAGGGAAAAUCAAUAAUUUGCAUUUUCAAUUAUAUUUGAACAUUAUUUCUAACAACACAAUUAUGUAACAUUAAAUUCUAUUAUUAGCAAAAGAGUUAAAAGAAUGUCCAAAAUAUCUUUGUCAAAUAUCUGAUAUUUCAAACUACUUUCUUCUAUUUCAAUAAAAUUCAGCUUUGAUCAUGA